AUUCAUUUCAUAACAAACGGGCAGUGCCGGUGGUCGGACAGAUACCACAAACGGUUGUCAUGAACCUGCGUUCACAAUGAGAAGCCUGACGAAAAUCCUAUCAAUCUUUGCCAUUUUCAUCGCUGGAUACAACACAGAAAAAUGCGAACGAAUCAAAAUUGGAAACGAAUUUUACAAACGACAGCUUAUUGCGACAAUAGAUGGAUACCCAACAGGAAUGGUGAUAGAUCCAAGAACGGACCACAUAUUCUUCAUCCUUCAUAAAAGAAACUACACCAAAGGAAUACAUCUACUAAAACAUGGAUCCUUAGGUAUCAAAGAACUGCCAGUUUCUGACGAAUUACUUGGACAAUGUGUGGCUAUAGAUACUACCAAUAAUAUUAUUUAUAUUGGCACCAAUCAAGGCCUAGUCACGUAUGAUUAUUCAAGAACAGAAAUUACUGCAGAAAGGCCGAUUGGAGACGAUGAUGUACGAAGCAUCUUUAUAGAUAAGACAGAUAACCAGAUGUAUAUAGCAACAGGAUCAAACCACGAAAUAUUCCGUUUCAUGAACGGUUCAGCUGCUGUGAAACGAUACGAUAAGAUUCCAAAAGCAUACAGCUUCAUUCUGGAUAGUAAAGGCAAUGCUUUCUACGAAUAUAUUGACGGCAGAUUAUAUUUCUUCUCCAUGGAUUUGUAUGAACCAAUUCAAUAUAAAGGUUUCACUAGGGAACUAAAAUAUAUUCUGCAAUUGAACAACAACGAUGAAGCUAUUGUAGCUGUCAAAGGUUCCUUGUUCAGACUAUUUACUAAAAGCAUUCUACCUGUUAAAAUAGGACAAUUAGGUUUCAAAAUCACCGGUCUAGCCUUCGAUCAUAAAAAUAAUAUUGUUAUAGGUACUAAAGGAAAGAUUUAUAGGUACAAACCUAUUGAUACAAAUGAUCCUUGUCCGGCUGACGAUUACUUUAUGUCAAGCAUUUAAAAUAUUUUUAUUUCAGACAAUUUUAGUUGCUCGAAGAUUCAAUUUAUUGUUUGAUUAGUGACUCUUUAGUUAGCACGUUAUUUAAGGUCGAGUCAAUCGCCUGCCGUCUUUUCUUUAGCAAUUAGUUACUGUUUAAGUGUUUGCAUUAUUUUACGCAUACAUAGUUGUUAAUUUGAGCAACUAAAUUUGUUUUUAUGAUGAUCUUAACUGUCAUAUUUCCAAAAUUCUCAAGUUCAUUUUGUAUAUCAUCAAUUAACAUUACUUUAUUUUGGUCAUCUUCAUUGUCAUG